AUGGUGACUCUUUGCAGCUGGUGGAUGUGGAAGGGGCACUCCUGGGAACGGGGCUACCCCCUUAAAGGGGGAUAUGGGCUUCUCAUCUCUGUGUUCAUCAUAAAAGAUAAACUGAAGCUGGGGGCCUGGAGCUUGGUCACUAUGGAUGUUUCAGUGGUUCCUCAAGCACACAUGGCAUCCUAUAGUUUAGCACCCCCCAGAUUAGAGCUUAAUUUUGGUCUUUCCUUGGUGAGCGAACUGGAGCUCAGAUUGGGAAGGGAGUUGCCAAAAUUCCCCCAGCAAGAUAUAAUCAGAAUUGCUCAGUUGGCCGCUGCCCACUUUUCAGGUCUCAGCUCGGAUGCUGCCUCCCCCAGAAAGCCCUGCUGA